UGUGCGCCGACCAUCGAACCGCUUGCUUCUCCCGAAGGACUCCUAUGUCCUGUUUCCUCCCGACGGAAGUUCUCAAUAAAAUAAAAAUUGCCACUUUUCUCGUUACUUAAACACACUAUUUUUUUUUUACUUUACAAAAUGUACACAAAGUCAAAAAAAAAAAUUUCCAAAUUUUCUUUAAAAAAAAAAAAUUUUCUAAAUAUUAAAAUUCAAAAAUGUAACCAAAUUAUUCUUCACCGUAACUUUAAACCCAAAUUAUUAAAUAAUAAUUAAAAUCGUUUGUAGUUUAUAAAUAUAAUUUAUCAAAUUUAAAAAAAAAAUUAUAAAUAAAAAUUGAAAACUAAAAUUAAUAAUAAUAAAAUAAUAAUAAUUAAAAAGUGUUUUAAUUGCCAAAAAAAGCGGAUUUUAAAUUUCCCUAAAAAGAACUUCAAAGUGAACAUUUUUGGAUGGGGAAAAAAAAGCGAGUGUAAAAAGAAGUGACACGGUGACAGUUCAGUGACACUUUUUUUGUAAUUAAAGAAAAAUUGUGUUCGAAAUUUUCUCUCUCUCUCACUAUCGAAAAAGAAAAUUAAUGUCAAGUGAGAAAAAUUAUAGACAAUAAUGGAUAACUUAGAGAGAAAUAUUACAGAUUUUAAUAAUCUCAGUGAACAGGAAUAUUUGGAAAAAAUAUUGGGACCUCAACAUUUGCCAGCUGAACUUGUUAUACCAAUAACAUUGAUUUAUGCAACAAUUUUUAUUACAGGAGUUUUUGGAAAUUUAAUAACAUGCAUUGUUAUUAAAAGAAAUCCAACAAUGCAAACAGCGACUAAUUAUUAUCUAUUUAGUCUUGCUGUAUCUGAUUUGCUGCUCCUUGUUCUUGGUUUACCAAACGAGAUCUAUGUAUUUUGGCAGCAAUAUCCUUGGGCACUUGGAGUUGUUUUAUGCAAAAUAAGAGCAUUUGUGUCAGAAACAUCCUCUUAUGUGUCAGUACUAACGAUAGUCGCCUUCUCAAUGGAGAGAUACGUCGCAGUUUGUCAUCCCCUACAUCUAUAUGCGAUGAGUGGCUUGAAACGUCCACUGAGAUUUAUUCUCCUUGCUUGGAUGUUAGCACUUGUAUGCGCGAUUCCAUUCGCGGUAUAUACCAACGUCAAUUACCUUCACUAUCCUAUUGGAUCGAAAAAUAUUUCCAAAGACUCGGCAAUGUGUGCUAUGCUUCGUGACAAUAUGCCCGAUUUUCCCCUUUAUGAAUUAAGUUGCUUGAUCUUUUUUUUAUUACCAAUGCUAUUAAUGGUGAUACUAUACACCCAAAUGGGUCGAACGAUACAAAGUACAUCAUUGGGACACUCUCUCGAAGGUACUAUUCACGGUGAAAGUAGACAUGCUCAAUCAAAAAAAACUAUCAUACAAAUGCUGAGUGCUGUGGUAAUCACAUUCUUUAUUUGUUGGGCACCGUUUCACGCGCAAAGGUUGAUAUACGUUUAUGACGAGAGUGGAGCCUUGACCAGUGUCAACGACUGGUUAUAUCCAAUAGCUGGUGUAUUGUAUUAUUUUAGUACAACUGUAAAUCCUAUUUUAUACAAUGUAAUAAGUGCCAAAUACAGAAUAGCCUUUAGAGAAACUUUAUGUUGUAAAUCAACAACUGGCUCACAUGGAAGGGACGAUAUGAGCAGUGUUCGCGAUCAUUCAAGAAGAGAAUCGCAAAUAAUUCGCGUUCGAAGUCUCUUCGAAAGACAUCGUAGCUCGCAAAAAAGUUUAAAUCUCACGAAACAAAAUUCGAGAUCUUCGGGAAAAAUGAAAUCGUUUACUGCUGAAGAAAAAGGAGGAGAUGACCAUAUGGCAUUGGAAACAGUUAAUAUAUAAGAGAAUCCUCGGAAAAGUUAUUGGAUUCGACAAAAUUCUCAGUUGUUGUGCAAAAUUGCAAUGGUCAAAUAAAAUGUCAUACCAAUAUUAAAGAAGAAAAUACACCUUCAGAAACGCCAAUUUAAUUAUUAAAAAAAAAAAAAAAAUGACAAAUCAAUCUAAAUGGAUUUUUUUUUCAUCUAUGAAUUUACAAUCAAUUCUUCCACAUGUGCAUCACGUUUUUUUUGUAAAACACAAAAUUUUUAGAUAAAUGUUUAUAUUUUUAUUGCAAAAAAAUAUGAUGUUAUAUAUGUGUAUAAAAAUAUUUAAUAUAAAAAAAAUGUGAUAAAUUGUUUUUAACAAUUUUAAAAAAUUUAAGUUUUGUUAAUUAAUUGUUGUAAUUAAUCAAUUAUGUUCUAAUUGUUAUAAUUAAAUUAA